AUGUGUCUUCUGGCCUCUUGGCAACACUGCUGGUGCCCCCCUGGUGAGGACUCCAUCAGCACCCUGGGCCUGAUCCUCGGUGUGGGGCUGUCGCUGCUGCUCGUGUCCAUCCUUGGCUACAGCCUGGCCAAGUGGUACCGGAGUGGGUACUGCUGGGAGGGUCCUAAUUUUGUCUUCAAUUUGUACCAAAUCCGGAAUCUGAAGGACCUGGAGACUGGACCCUUCACCAUCAGUGGCCACAUAAGCAGUUCAGAUGGUGGUUACAUGAAGUUCUCCAAUGGGCUAGUCUGAUGGGGGUGGCAUCUGCCACCUGGAGCCUAAAAGUGAGUGGGAAAGUAGAGAGCCCCUGAGAGAGUCUAAUGUCUAAGUAAGGUCCCAAGAAGAUCCAGACACUGAAACCUGCACUAAGGAUCACUCAGAACCCAAUGAGAUUAUCACCCCCGCUCAUUCCUGCUUGGGAGAAGCCUGGCCAGGUAAAAUGGUUUAGAGGAACCUUUCCCAAGCCUUCUUACUUUUCACGCUCCAUUUCUUUUCUGCAGGAAAAGGCUUCUAGCUCAGAACCCAUCCCAUCUCAGUGCCCUCCCUUCCUGGGCCCUCAAGACCUGGCCUGGCCUCCAUAUAUGGAGAAUAAGGGAUAUUCUCUGGAUACCCUACCAGCUUGCACAUGAGAGUUUUGGGCAGAGGCAGACUCUGGGAACAGAUGUGUCUGGGCUCAGGAGUUUUUCACACAGAUACUCUAGAAUGCCAUAGCCUGCAGAAGGAGAGCCAAACUCACUCAACCAAACUGAGUGUGGGCAGGGCCCCUAGAUUCCACAGGAGAGCUCUUCAUAGGUUGGCCCACGUGGUUUGUUUUUGUAGAAUCGACACCAAGGGCUGAAAAUCCAGCUGUACUGUCACUAGGCAAAGUUGUCUGGAGCUAGCGGUGAUUCUGGACAUGGAUUUUCUCACCUUUCCACCAGAAAUCAACUUCCCUGAAGACUGAGCUUGCUCUUUACUCUGUUCUGUUCCCCUCUGUGUUUGGUUCUGGAACUUUCUAUACUUCUCCUCACCUGCUGCCUCCCAGCCUUCCAUCCUCAUCCCCAGCCUGGGCCUAUUCUCCCUGUGGUGACAGGUCUCAGGUCUCCCAGACUUGGCCAGCUCUCAGUUUUGAUGGGCAUCCUGAGAAAAGUCAAGAAACAUGUCGCAUCUUGUAGGUUCUGGUGCUUCAUGGCUGGUCAUGGGGCACAGGAUGGGCAUGGGCUCUGAGUGAGCAUUAUCCCCCAGAGCUCAGUGUCUCCCAUGCAAACCCUGCCCUAUAAGGCAAAAAGAGAGUCAGACGUGCUGGGGUGGAGAAAAGAACCCUGGCCAGGCUGUGCAAAGCAGAUAAGGGUGAAGGAAACUGAGAAGGGCUGUAGCUGGUGCAGGCAGAACAACAGUCCUCCUGAGUCAUCACCUUCCUCGGGCCUGAGACCUGCUAGGCUCUGUCUCGUGCAGAGCUGUUUCAUCUGGAGAGGCCGCAGUCCUGGGGCAGUAUGAGAAGGGGGAUGCCACUGCAGAAACCUGCAUCAGAAUCACCAGCCACUGUCCCCCCUGUUAACAUCACAGCAGCCAAUGCAGCAGCCGGACAGCAGUGAAGGAGGAGGGCUGUCGUAUACUUGACCUCCAAUCCUCUCUUUCCUGUGGCCUUGUUUCUCUCUGGCUUCAGGCUGUAGUGGAUCUAGAGGAAGGAAGCAGAGGGGCCUUGCCAGCUCCUCCCUCCUCCUGUCCUGCCCCCGGGCUGGGAUCCAUUGUUCCAGCAGGGGCAGGCUCUGGGUAACAAAGUGAGGCUCUGGACAUGGAAAGCUUGUCUGGGGUCUCUGUCCCUAAGUAGUGGGGGUGGGGAAGAGCCCUUCAUGGCAGUUGGUCCUGUCUUCUUUGAAAGCCUCUUGGGAAAGAUAAAUUCUUCCUUUGAUCUCAUCGUUGAGGGCUGGGCCCCCUUUUCUAAGCUAUCAGGGGUCCGUCCAUAUCUCCCUCGGCUGCUCAGCGUAGUUCCUGGGUCCUCUUUCCCCAUAGGACUGCGUGGGGUCCCUGAUGGUAUUCUACACUAGGCAGCCUUUGGGGAACCUGAAAGGCAGGUAGCACCUUAGCCAGGUGGUCCCGAUGCCAGGUCUGGUGGUUUCAGGUGAAGACUCGGCGACAGCUGCUGGGCGCGGGAGAGGAAAGGGUAUUUCCCUGUGGUGUGCAUGUCCUCAGGAGCGGAACCGAGAGCUGGCUACUUCUUCUUUCAGGGUCCUCUGACGUCCUUGUUGUCCCUUCUCCUCCCCAUCGUUUUCCUUACUUCCCCCAGCGCUGUUUGCACAGCUUUCUCACCAGGCGCUGCACUCCACCCUAGGGUGCCACGUGUUCCCCUAAAGGGACAGAUUCCCACUUGUUCAGAAGCGAGUAAGAAGCCAAUACAUAGAAAUCUGGCCGCGAGGGUGUUGGGCUGGGCCUCGGCUGGACACUGGGAUCCACGGCCUUGCUAGGGCUUCCCAGCACUGCUCCACCCCGCUUAGCCCUCCUUGGACCCACUGGUACUGCGAGCCAGGAGCUGUCGAGAAAGCAUGCAGUCUGUGGGCUCCUGCCCUGGGCCCCUGCCUCUCUGUCCCUCUGGGCUGUAGCUGGAGCUGUGGUCUACCAGCCAGGUGUCUCCUAGCCACAGCUGGUCUCCAUGGUGGGCUCAUCUUGUCUUCCCUGCAGCUUUCCUCAGGACUCAGGAGACUCCAUGCUAUCCAUUUGGGUCCCAGUUGGAGAUGGCUGUGUUUUAUCCAUUCAUCCUGUUACCCAACCAGGCUGAGCCUUUUGUGGGCAGGGCUAGGUGGUGUGCAUAGAUCUCCAGUAAGCCCUAAAACUGAGGCGUACCAGCAGGUGCUUGGUAAAUGCUUGCUGAGUGGAGAAGAAACUCCAGAAGAUGGCUAUAACUCCAAAAGCAUGUGUAGUGGCCUGAGGGGAGACAGACUGCCUGCACAGUGCAGUCUACACAGCGUGUUGCGGUGUUUCGGGCCUUGUGGCCAUGCUGUGACACAGGGUUUAUAAUUGGCUCCACUUUACAUGUGGGGAGACAGAGGUUCCCAGAGGAGGCUUGCUCUGCCCAUGGCUCCACAGCUGCUCACGUCGGGGCCUGUGCAGAGUCUGCAGCCUCAUGGACACAGCCUGACCUCAGGCUUAGCAGAGUAGGAUCUGAAUGCUGCCCAGGGUCUGGUUCUGACUCUGCCCUGCCCUGCUGAGUGACUCCAGGCUAGUCCCUCCUGUUCUCUGGGUGGCUAUCUCAGAGUGGAGAAAUUAGGAUAAGACUAUUUCUCCAAGGCUCUUCCUGGCUUUUAGCUUGUCUGUUUUAACAUUUAAAAAUCUCUGUAUUACUGUUUACCAGAUGCCCCAGGACACAGGUGGAGCUUGUUAAACAAUUCAGAAAUGCAAAGACAAACUGUAGUGUUCUAUAAUUUGAUUUCUGUAGUUCCACUGGACCCCAGUGGUUUAGGACUCUAACUGCUGCUCAGCCUUUCCCAGACCCCGAAAAGAUCCAGCCAGGAUCCACAAAUGGACUGUGUCCAGCCGAACCUCUCUUCUUGGAGGAAAAGGCUGAUGUUUUCUGGGGAGGUGCCAUGCUGGGCUGGACUCCAUGUGCUCAGCUUCGCCUCAGCCUCCUGCGGGAAGACACACAGACUCACUGUGCACUGAAACAAUUCGCUUCAGGCCAGGCAAGAAUUUGUCUCCUUUGUCACCGAUUUCUAGGCUCAGUCCAAGUUAGCAGCCACCUUGAGAUCCUUGGUCCCCAAGCCACCAGCUUCUCCCUUCAUUUGGUACUUAACCUCUUUUCUGGGUCCCUACAUAUGAAGAGCAGGGCUCUCAGCAGCCCUGGUCUCCUCAGGUUCCAUCCUGAACUCUAAGCUUCUGAUUGACCCACUCCUUAUUCUUCCUUUUUUAAAAAAAAAAGAAAGAAAAAUUUAUUUAUGUAUUUACUUCAUUCUUUGAGGCAGAGUCUCAUUGAAUUGCCCAGCCCAGCCUUGAGUUUACAAUCCUCCUGCCUCAGCCUUCCAAGUUGCUGAGAUUAUAGGCAAAUGACCCAUGAUUCCUGCUUCUUUUUAUUUUUUAUUCCCUCCUGGAUCUCUAGGACAGCACAUUCUGCCCAUGCUUUGUGCCAGCGCGCAUCUCAUUUCUCCAGAGAGUUUUCUUCAAGAUAUUUGCCCGGUGUUCUGAUUUUAGUUACAAAUAUUCUCUGGCCCCCAUAACUUAAUUAUUGAUUGCUUACUUUUGUGCAUGCAUUCAUCCUGCCUCUACAGUAUGCUAGCAACCAUCCUAGGUGCUGUUAGGAAAUUCAGUCUCUCUAGAGAUUAACCUUGUUCUCUCCUAUUUAAUGAGUUCUUCUUGCAGGCCAAAUUUGGACACUCUAUGCUUCUUCUGAGUUCUCUGAUUCUAGCCAUAGGCACGAAUUUCUCAGGAAGUUAGGUUGGAGACUCUAGGCCUCUGCAGAGCAUCCCUCUUGGACCACAUCCUACCCUGUGCUGCUGAGUGACCCCUUUCUAGACACAGGACAUGCAUAGAUGGAGAUCUGCCUUGGUAAAGCUGAGCAGGUGACAAGAGAAGUCUUUCUGCUUCUUCAAGUUUCCAUCUCCAUGCUAGUUUCAGUGAAGGGGACCAGGUGACAGGAGCCCAGAGAACGAUUUGUAGCGUCUGUCUCUUCUCUAGGGGUCUGAGAAAUUCAAAGGGGAAGCAGAUGGGCAGUAUCAUUAGUAUAUUUUUAAAAAGUGCUUAGUGAUUAAAAAUGAUCUAGAAACAGUGAUAUUUGAGCAGAUCUGGUACAAAACAGGAAACCAGUGGCCUGAUGAAUUCUCACACCUUGGGGACCAGAAGUGAAAAUGUUCUGCCUGCCCAGAGCUGCAGCAGGCAGACAAAACAACAGGCAGUACCGGGCUGGGGCUUCAAAGGACCCCUGGCUCCUGGGUUUUCCCUGCAGAGCCAUGGGGGUAAUCUCCCCCUCCCAAAGCUGUGAUGGAGGUUUUUCAUACACAAUCAUGGAGCUUUUGGGGGGAAAGCUGGGUGGAAAUUUGAAGACGCCUCAUCUUCUUUUGCAAUUCCCGUUCAUCCCCUCAUAGCUGAAAGGCUCAAGCUCUCUGGGCCUCAGGUACUUGUUAGUACACUAAGAAUGGCAUUGACAGUGAGGACUCUGAGACCCCUUCUGACAGUGAGGCUAUUUUACAGCACAGGUAAAUUGGUUCCACAAUGUGGGGUGUGAGAGAGGGGACAGGGGAGUGGAGCCCACCUAUAGCAGAUACUCAGUGACCGUCCACCAGGGAAUGCCUGCAUAGACGCUGAAUGUCCUCCUGGUCCUCUGCCUUCUCUCCACAUUGUAUUCCCUCAAGUUAGGCUUCUUACUUGGUCUGUAACCCUGCAUCCCUACAACAGCCUGGAAUGUAGGGUGAAGAUGUCUGGGAGGCAACAAUCAUGGUAUCAUGUGAUUAAGCUAAGAAAAAGAUACAAGCUUGAAAAAUAAACUUUCAAAUCAUAAUUAUGUACAUCUUACUUUCCUUUUUUUCUCUUUUUCUUUUCUUUUUUUUUUUAAAUCAGUACCAAGGAUCGAACUCACAACUGUAUGCUUAUAAGGCAGGUGCUAAUGCCACUGAGCCAAAUCCCCAGCCCAGUACAGCCUACUUUCUUUAAUGUCUCCCAAGCAUCUGCUUAGCCUCAGUCAACCAUCACUACCGUUACCAUCUCAUAUUGGAUAUUAUAGCU